GUCAGCCAUUCGAGAAGGUGUAACGAUGUUAAUAUACCAUGUUAUUGUUAGCGAAUUUAUUAACUUUAUGCUUUAUACUUCCCAUUCUGGUUCCCGGUGCCGAAGCUGACGAGGUCGGCGGUGGCUUUGGGGACGACUACGUGGAGGGGUUAGUGCCUAGUGUAGAACUGCUACUGGAAGGCAUAGUAACAUCCCUGCUAGGCACUCCUCUGUCUCUUCUCACAUCCCUGGUCAGCGGUGAUGGCAACGUACCUUCACUCUUAGACCUCGUAAAAAGUAUAAUUUCGGGCAUCAUCGAGUCUCUGUCCAACAGUCUUUAUGGUAUCACUGACACUUUGUCCGAACCUCUAGAACUCUAGGGGGAUACUAAAAUGCAACUCCUAUUGAUCAAACUGGGGGGAUUACUAAUAAAUGUGUGAAGUUAUUGUAAAUACUCUUAGUCUUAGUUAUAUUUGUUGGAUUGUAUAUAACUGCUUAUCAGGUAACGUAGUGGUUAGUGAUAAUAUAUUUUGGAAAAUCCGGACUUUAUAGAAUAAAAAGAUAUUACUCAAGAAAAA